AACAGGUGGCGAUAACUCGAGGGAGACUGGGAGCACAUAUUUUUCCUACGUAUGAGAGCCCAAAAUCUCACUGACAUAAGAGUCGCUGCGGAGGACAGCAAGACGAAGAAGACGUGUUUUCCUGGUUGGAGACGGAGUCCUUAGACCCUACACCUAGGGGAGGGCCGAAGGGAAGCUGCAGCCAAUGAACAUGGCUGUUGUUGCAAGCCGGGCUCCUCCAACGAGAAGCCCGGAUGUUGCGCUGCGGGUGGUAGGCUGUCGCGGGAGGCGGUGGCGGUCGGAAUCCGGAGGCGGCGGGGACUGAGCUGGAAAGUAUUUAACUAUCAACAAAUGAAUUCUACACUUGACCUCUGCUGCAUUCCUGUGCCACCUCCACCUUUAGAAAACUGAUCUAAAUCAGAGACAGACAAAUAGAAGGUAGAAGAUGCUGGGAUCUGAACGUGGUGUUGUAGAAGAAUGGUUAUCAGAAUUCAAGGUAUUACCUGACACUCAGAUCACCAAUUAUGCAGCAACUCUCCACCGGAAAAAAACACUUGUACCAGCCCUUUAUAAAGUUAUUCAAGAUUCAGAUAAUGAGCUCUUGGAACCUGUCUGCCAUCAGCUGUUUGAACUCUAUCGUAGUUCUGAAGUUCGACUAAAGAGGUUCACUCUGCAGUUCUUGCCAGAAUUGAUGUGGGUUUAUUUACGGCUUACAGUUAGUCGAGACAGACAGAGUAAUGGUUGCAUUGAAGCACUUCUGUUAGGAAUUUAUAAUUUGGAAAUUGCUGAUAAAGAUGGAAACAAUAAAGUUUUGUCUUUCACUAUCCCUUCCUUAUCCAAGCCUUCAAUAUAUCAUGAACCCUCAACGAUUGGGUCCAUGGCUUUGACAGAAGGUGCGUUGUGUCAGCAUGACCUCAUCAGAGUUGUUUAUAGUGAUCUUCAUCCUCAGAGAGAAACGUUCACUGCACAAAACCGGUUUGAAGUCCUGAGUUUUCUCAUGCUGUGUUAUAAUUCUGCUAUUGUGUAUAUGCCAGCCUCAUCUUACCAGUCCCUUUGUCAGAUGGGCUCCAGGGUUUGUGUGAGUGGGUUUCCACGGCAACAUGAAAAACACUGGAAAGAACUCUGUGGUCGAAUAGUAUUGGAUCCUGAAUUUAUGGUGCAGCUUCUCACAGGGGUUUAUUAUGCCAUGUAUAAUGGACAGUGGGACCUUGGCCAGGAAGUUCUUGAUGAUAUCAUUUACAGAGCUCAACUAGAACUCUUUUCUCAACCACUCUUGGUUGCCAAUGCCAUGAAAAACUCACUACCAUUUGAUGCUCCUGAUUCCUCACAAGAAGGCCAGAAAGUCCUGAAAGUGGAAGUCACCCCAACAGUGCCGAGGAUUUCUCGGACCGCAAUCACAACAGCUUCAAUCCGUCGUCACAGAUGGAGAAGAGAAGAUGGCUUUGACUUCUCAAACGAGGCUGACUCAAGUAUUCCUGGCUCCCCGAUCCAACACGGCUCCACUGACCUAGGGAUCAAACGUGUGCAAGAGGGGGAGGUGCUGGUGCGCAGGAACCCUGAGCCCGGCUCGCCGGAGCCCAACUCAGCAGCAGCCACAACAGAGGGUGCUGAAAGUAUAAAUGGAGAAGAGUCUGUAAACCUGAAUGAUGCAGAUGAAGGUUUUUCGUCAGGGGCUUCCCUCAGCAGCCAGCCAGUUGGGACCAAAGCAUCCUCCUCUUCUCAGAGGGGAAGCUUGCGGAAAGUAGCAACUGGGCGUUCAGCCAAAGAUAAAGAAGCGGCUUCUGUCACCAAAUCCAGUGAGAGCCCUCGAGAGUCAGUAGUGCGCAAACAGUAUGGACAGCAGCCAGCUGACCUUAGUGUAGAUUCAGUUGAGCUGACACCAGUGAAGAAACACCUGAGCCUGCCUGCUGGCCAAGUGGUGCCAAAAACCAAUAGUCUGAGUCUGAUCCGGACAGCCAGUGCUUCCUCAAGUAAAUCCUUUGACUACGUAAAUGCCAGUCAAGCAGGUACCAGCAUCGGGGUCGGCACAGAAGGAGUCACCAAUCUAGCAGCUAACAGUGCUAACCGAUACUCAACCAUCAGCCUCCAGGAAGACCGGUUGGGUCAAGCUGGUGAUGGGAAAGAGCUCCUCAGCCCAGGAGCCCCCUUAACCAAGCAGUCCCGCUCCCCAAGUUUCAAUAUGCAGCUGAUAUCCCAGGUGUAGCUUCAACACCCUCUGCUCUUUCUGCUUUCCCUGUAACUGAAUGUUUCAUUGUGUAAGAAGACACUUAUCCCACGUUGUGAAAAUACUGGUCAUCACAAUCAGAUUUGAUUUAAUUUAGUUAUAUUCAUACUGUAUUUUGUAUGGAAACAGCAAUAAGGCUUCCUUUUCUCUCCUUCCCAUGUCCCCCGUGCCCGUUCUUGUAAGUAUGUUGUGGAGCGGUAUAAAAUGUUUGCCUUCCAUGCCUUCCCUUCUCCUUGGGUGAUGUGCAAUCCAUCGUAGGUGGAUCGGUCCCAUUUCAACACUGUGAGACUGAGAGUAUGUUAGAGGAAAUGCUGGAUAUGAUCCCUAUGAAGUGAUUCUUUGGCUUUUGUUUAAAAACAAAACAAAAACGGGUUUAUUCACAUACUGUAUAGAACUAUGGAAAUGACUGGAUCAUAUUUUUUUCUCUUAACCAGGAGUGCCUCAGAGAUUCUGCUAUGACUUUGGACUUCUCUGAGUCUGUGCAAUCAUUUUGUCAAGAAGCAUGGGGAAGGGGCCGGGGAUUUAGCUCAGUGGUUCCGCUGCCAGCCUCGCAAGCACAAGGUCCCGAAUUCAAUUUCCGGUGCCCCCCACCCCAAAAAAGCAGGGGGAAAGGUGGUAGACUGCUGCACUUUUUAAUUAAAAUGAGGGUGGCUCCCCCCAUUUCCUUUAUCCCGGGGAUAUAAAUGUUCAACUACUAAGGCAUUUAAAUCAAUUUGAGCCCCACCUCCUUUGAGUGUGGGGCUCAUAAGUUGUGUAAUUGAUAAUGCACUUUCCCAAUGGCUCUCUAGUCAUUAUUAACAUGUCUUCCCUCUUCCCACAGAUUUAAGGUCAUUUUUCUCCUUAAAGUUUGAACAAGCUAACAAAUCAGAGAAUUCAAGGGAUAUGUUCUGCUUCCCAGGAAUGAUUGACUCGGUGCUGGGGCUUUAUGGGGAGGGGGUUGGUUUAGCGUGUGUGGGAUUGUGUGUGCGGGGAGGUUUUGAUUGUUUUGCUUUUUUUCCUCCUUUGUGAGCUGAUGACUGAAGUAGAAUUGUACGUCUUCAGGUAAAGAGAGGGAUUUCCCAGUCCAUUUUCUGUGAUUUCAGACAAUUGGAGAAACCCUUUCAGCUGCUUUCGAGAUGUACCUAAAUUCAGUCAGAUAUUUUGAAUUAAGAAACUUAAAGUCCUGAGAGAUCAUGUGUUCCAAGUAAAUAUAUCAGGGACAGAUAAUUGGCUGAAAACACUGAUGCUUCAUUCACAAUGUGACACAUUUUUAUAGAGCAUUCUAUCAGGGGUACUGACUUGAUUUCUCCUAAAAGGACCACACUGCCUUUGUGUUUAAUGUGGUGCAAUUUGUGUAUCUUCUAAUCAUAUACCUGCAGAGUUUCUCGUUUUUAUAAAACUUUGAAAUCAUGCCAGUAAGCUAGAUGUUGAAUGUAUGUAAGUAGCAUUUGGUAACUGCUAAGAGGUUCUACAGUACAUUACUGGUUUAAAAAGCUUUUAUUUUUAUUUCGUUAGAUAAAAUUUUAAUAUAACCUCUUCUGAGUCUCAGGCUGUAAUGUUUGGAAAAAGAAGGGAAUAUAUUAGACUUUUGGAUAUCAGUAUUUAACUUGAACUUAUGUAAAUUAUCCUUCCACAAACUACAAUGGAGUGCUUUGUACAUUUAGACAUUUUUACUUUAUUAUUGUGAAAGAAAAAUAGUGAGUUUAUAGAAAGCAAGUAUUCUCCUAAUAAAGUUUAAAAUUUUAUCUCUACCAAUUAAACAUACAGUAGGCUUUGAUAAUAAAAUAGCCAGAAAAAUGGUUUUUGCUUUUUCAUACUUUAAAAACAUCUCUACCUUUUUUUAAAUUAUGAGUGCUUUCCUUUAAAAAAAAAAGAGGGGGUGGAGGUGAAUGGGAGACUUUAUGUUGGAAUAUUCGUGAGGACAGUGAGGCACCUGUUUGAAUUUGGUACUGUGUGACUUAUUUCAGCUCAUAUGAAAUGGAAAACUAGAACCUGAGCUAGAGACCAGUAUUGCCAAAAUCCAAGGAAAAGCUAAGAGUUGAUAGGCAAGUUAUUGAUGUGUGUGUGUGUGUGUGUGUGGUAUGUAUACAUGUACAUCACAAAGACAUUUGCAGUAUCCUUAUUUCUUUUCAGUUUACUAUGGGAUGUCAAAAAACUGAAAAUAAUCUUAAAACAGCCAAAAUAAAUGAGGUAUAAGAGGGUACCACAUACUGAAGAAGAUAAGGUUUCAGGAAUGCAAAGAAAAGAACAUUAUACUUACUAGGAAGUGAGAUUUUGGCUGUGGCCAAAGGUUGGUCACUUUAUAGCAAAAAAAUACCUGGUUUAAAAAGUAGGCUAAUGGCUGUUUUGUGGGUUGUUUUUUUUGUUUGUUUGUUUUUGUUUGUUUGUUUUUUUACUGGGGAUCAACCUCUGGACCUUGUGCUGCGAGGCAGGCAGUGGCACCACUGAGCUAAAUCCCUGGCCUGGCUGUUUUUAAUUCAACAAGUUGUGUGUUUAGUGGCAUCUGAAUCAAGGAUGAUUUUAGUUAAAACACAAAAGAAAUAACCAAAUUAUACCAAAUUACAGCAAAAGCUGUAAUAAACACGAUAAAUACUCUUUGGUUAAGAAUCUUAUGUUGUACCUGAAAAGCUAGUUUUAAAACUUUUUCAACUCACAUUUCAUUUAACUCUAAUGUUUCAUGGUGUUGUGAUAAUUAUUUUCCAUUUUUUUCAGGUCAUGUGAUUUGGCACCAGUGAAGAAACAUUUCAUUUGAUUUAAACUUUGCAUUUGGGGUCUUAGAUUUGCUGUGCAUGCUACAGUGAAAGUGAAAUGAGUUAGUUUAACUGUUGAAUUUUCUAAGUUUUAAAAGUCUGCAUUAUUUAUUAGCAUUUAAUUUAAAAUAGGUUUAUUUCCAGCAUACAAGAGCUGUAACAAACACAUGUCAGCAAUUCAUACUUGAUCCUUCAAUAGCCUUUUGUUUUAUAUUUUUAACUUUAAUUUUAAAAAUAGUCCACCAAUCUAUGGAAAAUAUAUUUA